AUUUUGUCGUCGUGUGAAACACUUCCUGUGGGUUCUGACAAAAAAAAAGCGCGCUGUCACAGACCUGUCUUUAUGCUAAGCUAACAACUUUAUACGCACUUUUACCUCAACAAACUUCAUUAUCCUUUAAUUCGGCGUGUUAUUUUUGUUAAUUCGGCGUGUUAUUUGUCUUAUUUGAGACGAGUCGAGCCUUACUGAGACGCUAUGCUAACUCCAUUAGCUAGCAAAGUCGUUGAUCUCCACAAACACCGCCAUGGGAUCACAAUGUCGAACGGCUUCAUCUUACCUGAGGGCAAAAUGACACCUAACACUCUGUUUGUAGGAGGAAUAGACAUGAAGGUUGAAGAAAACGAGAUUCGAGACUUCUUUGGUCGGUUCGGUGAAGUGAAGGAGGUUAAAAUCAUCACGUACCGUGGAGGCAUCUGCAAAGGUUACGGGUUUGUUUACUUCAGCGAGGACGUUGACAUCCACACCAUCUCUGAACAACAGGUCACUUUUAAAGGAAAGAAGCUCAAACUGGGUCCCGCAAUCAUGAAAGAGCGAAGUUCUCACGAGUCAGGUUUCCAAGGUUCUAUCCCAUCACCUCUGAUUGGUCCAUCACAAUGGGUAAGCCCCUCCCCCUGUGUCUACUGUACCUGCUGCCCUACCAGCCUGGUUCCACCCACUGUGCUCGGGGGAGGACCACAGUACCUACAGCCGUAUGCUUAUCCAAAUGUUCCAGGAGUCAUGAUUCCCCAAAUGCCUAUGAAUUAUACACAGACAGCCUACAGCUACCCGUAUUCCCCGCCACAGUGGUGUGCAGACCAGAGGACCAGGUUUAUUAAUCAGAACUUUGUGGAUUGUGGAGUCCAGACAUUGCUGACACUUCUGUAGUCCAUUCUAGAGGUGGACUGUCUUCAUGAAACCAAGGUGCUGAUGUCUUCGUGGAAAUGACAUGGACUUGUGGGAAACAUCUUCAGCAUUCUACCUCUGGUGUGACUGAUUUUUGGAUAUUAAGGUCCCAGUCUGGGUGACAUGUCGAUGUGAUGCCCAAUCAUGGUCAUGUGGUCAAAUAGAAGGCUGCAUAGUGUGUGUGUGUGUGUGUGUGUGUGUGUGUGUGUGUGUGUGUGUGUGUGUGUGUGUGAGAGAGAGAGAGAGAGAGUGAAUACAAUUACACACUUUUUUCUCCCAGUUUAUUUGCAUUGUUCUUUUCUCUGCUUUUGUGAACCCAAACCUUUAAAAAAAAAGACACUUUUAAAAUCACAGGCAUUUCUCUUUAAUUUCUGUUGUUUAUUUUAAUGUUCGCACUUCCGUCGCUUCUCAGACGCCUCUGAUCUAAAGGGGAACGCGACCAUUCUCGAGGCAAAUAUAAAUUGUUUAAGUUCAGAUCGUUCAUGCUGAUAGCGCUUUUUUUUUCAUGCUCAAAAAAAUUCAUGCUGACAGCUCUACCUUCCCCAACCUCAUCUCGCUCACUGUAAGCACCGUCCUGCUUUUCUUUUUAUAUAUUUAUUAUUUAGUCAGAACAACUUGGGAUUCUACAAUUUGUUGGUAUUUCGAAUAUUUCUCAGGGGUUUUGUUGUUUUGUUUGGAUUUAUUUUGUGGCUUUGCCCCUUUGGUUAACACGUUAUUACAAUGGGACAUCUCUUAAUUAACAGCUUAUAGGAGAGGAAAGAGAAAUAAAUAAAUCACAUUAAAUAAGAAUGAUUGAUUAAUUCAGGAUACAUUUUUAAGUCAUUUCUGUAAAAAGGCUUUAGACACAAAGGUUUUGGCCACUUUUAAUUCACCAGGUAAUGGCCGAAGACAAAUUCUAUACACCUUUGCUGAUGUUUGAUAUUUGUGGUGUUUUUUGUUAAAGGUUCACUGUGUUUUCCUCCACUUCGUUAAUGGUGUUUUAUAUAACACAAGGGAGAUGAUUUUUAUUUUUAAUAUUAGGGUGAUUGUCUUGGUGAGAUUAGUCAUUUUCAGAUUGUGUGUCAAUUUAAAUAGUUGGUAAGCUGCAGGUGUUGAACACUAUAUUGUUAGCGAUACUGUUCUGGAGCCUUUGGCCUGUGAGGAAUUGUUCCCUCUAUACACUUCCCAUGAUCUGUAAGAACUCUGUUAUUUUUUUUGACAGCAGUGUUGUGAUCACUCUUCAGUUUUGUAUGUAUACUAAUAAAGGUUUGGUGUCUUGUCUUGUUUAUAAAGUAAUAAAGUUGAAGUUAAAUAAA